AUGGCUUUUUCAACCUCUUCCCUCAGCUUCACCCCCUCCUUUGUGAAACUUGCCAACCCAAGGCUGCUGCCGUCCAUUGCCACACCCACGGACGUAGCUCCACAAGUCCUUCAUGUCUGUGAGAUCAAUGAGCUUGACCGUGCAAGCCUAGCUUACUUGAGGUUGAGUCAGAAAGAAGUCAACAGACUCGGUGAUCUCGUCCCCUUCACUAACAGAUUGUACACUGGUGAUUUGCAGAAGCGCAUUGGAAUUACAGCAGGGAUAUCCACUUUGAUCCAAAACAAACCAGAAAAUAACGGUGACCGAUAUGAGGUUGCUUACAGCUUCUACUUCGGAGACUAUGGUCACAUAUCUGUGCAGGGAGCCUAUUUGACUUAUGAGGACUCUUAUUUGGCUGUGACUGGUGGGUCUGGAAGUUUUGAAGGUGUGUAUGGUCAAGUGAAGUUGCACCAGCUUGUGUGUCAUCCUCUCAAAAUAUUGUACACCUUUUAUCUAAAGGGUAUCAAGGACUUGCCUGAAGAGCUUCUUGGGAAACAUGUGGAGCCUAGCCCUGAUGUUGUGCCCACUGCAGCUGCUAAGGCAUGUGAGCCCCAUGCCACCGUUUCUAAUUUCACUGAUUAA